UGGUUCAUGGGUUCUGGAAAAUAAUUAUUGCACCACAGAACAAAAUGGAGACGACAUAUUACAUCAGCAAGCUUGUCAUAAAUACUAUAAAAAAACAAAACCCAUGAUUUCGCCUCCAGUUUAAAGUCAACCAAGAUGAAGUGAAAAAAUAUAAAAUGAAGGUUCAACCAACUGUUCUCUUGGAAGUUACAAUGCUGUAGAGAGAAUUGCAGGAGGGACCCUGCUUCAAACUCAUAACUAUUAAAAUGUAAAUCCAAAACACUCUUUAAUGCAUAGUCAAAAGACACAAUGGAAAUCCAGCAAAAUUGUCCCCGAAACAAAAUCAACAUGGGUGUUGCUAAUAAUGUAGCAGAAUUAAAUUCAUACGUUUUGGAAAACAUUGUCAAGAAAAAAGCAUAUAAAACUGCUGUUACUGAACUUCAUCAUAAAAGACAACAAAGAGAUUUUCUGUCCCUAGUAAAGAAUAUUACAAAGGAUUCUGACAACCAGGCUUACUUAUCAUACAAUGAGGAAGAUUUAUCAACAUUUACCGUGAUUCUGAAGCCAAAUGGAGGGCUAUAUUCUGGGCACUCGUUUAAUUUUAAAAUUCAUAUGCCAGCAAAGUAUCCCGCAGCCCCUCCACAGAUUACUUGUAUGCAACAUAUCUACCACCCUAAUAUUGACGAUGAAGGAGAAAUUUGCUUAAGUUUGCUUGAUGAUUGGUGUGGAGACACCAAUGACCUACGGGAUUGUGUUAUUGGUUUGUUGUUUCUAUUUCACCAUCCUAAUAUUGAUGAUCCUUUGAGUCCAUAUUUUGACCCAUAUGAGUUGUCAGAAAAAGAAUUUCGUGAAAAUGUUGAAAAGUCUUUGGUGGGGAAAGCGGUGGACGGAGUCAUAUUCAAAUUGUAAAACUGUUUUUUUUAAAAUAUGCAACACCAACUGCUAUGUCUGUAACAGUUAUGUCUUCUUUCAAGCAGAAGGUAAAUUUUCUCAGUGAAUAAUUUAACUAAAAGACAUUGAACAUAUCCGUAUCAUAAAUUUUUGAAAUUUUGGUUUUCAACUGCUUUGUUUUUUAAUGUUUUAUUGUGUAGUAUAUAAUUUAAUGUUACCUUUUUGUAUAUUUCUACAUCAUUGUAAUUUAUAUUUGUAAUAUUAAAACUUGUGAUAUAAA